GAACAGGCAAUAUCGAUUGUACAGAUAAUUCCCAUACAAUUAAACUACUUUUAGUAUAGUUUGUUAUUUUCACACUGGCGAACUGGUUUUGGUCAACAACCUCUCGAGCUGAGGUUAGAAAGACAGCUCCCCGAGGAACAAUGGCGGAACCUGCUACAAUACCACAAACAUUAACCCCCCAGUUUUGUUUCUCGACAGUUGCGCUGAGAGAUUUCCUUCGUAUAUCUCGCGCCUCAAUUGACGAUAGCAUAACACAAAAUCUCAAUGCGCUCGUAACACCUUCGAGGGAAGGAUUUGACCCCUCAUCUACCUCGAUUCGCAAUCCUCGACCUCCUCACUUUAAACAAAUACCUUCCACCGCAUGCCAGAGUUUUAAAGAAUCUGUUCUAUUUUCUUCGUGGCAGACAAGAUCAGAUGUGCUGAAUUACUGCGCUUCGGUUGCUACGAGUCCGGACCCCGAUGAUCCGGAUUUACUGGAGAGACAGGUUGAGAAUGCGAGGGAUAGGGAGAGGGUGGUGGACGAGAGAUUAGAUCCUUAUUCUGCGAGGUUCUUCCCGAAGGAGGCGCGGACAGAGAGGUUGGCUGCUAUUGUGAGGCAAGAAAGAGGGGUGGAAAACAUUGUGAGGGCGAGGAGUUGGGGUUUAGUUAGGGAGAGAUGCGGCGGAGACUCGGAGAGUUGGGAAAUAGCUAUGGACCAGUGGAGGAGAAGCAGGGAAAGAUCUCAAUGAGAUGGGAGCGUACAUUUGGAUGUUUAUGUGCAAGAUUGCACAAAAGCGGGAGUUUUGGAUGGGUUCGAGAAAUUAUAUACAGAAGAUUAAAAGGCUACAGAUGGCCAUAUGUGAGAAGUUUGUAUGAGAUUAUGAGAAGCUAUAGAAAGAAUCAACUCCAACUAGUACA